GUGGGUGAAAGGACUCAGCGCUGCUGCAUCUCGCGCCACCGCCUCCUCAAGCGCCUCCUCUGUGCCGCCUCGGAUUCAGCACUGGACAGCUCCCGCCCCAUUCCCAACAAAUAGCGGUCGGCUGAUUGACAGAGGAGUCGACCACACAGGGAACAGGACGACUUGAAGCCGCCCUACAAGGGUUUGGUUGCGGCCAAGCUGCCUCUUUCAACCAGCUUUCCUCCCGAUAGCAGGGAGAGGCAGGAGUGUGGUUUGUGGGCAAACCUAAAGCCUCAACGAACCAGCUGCCUGGCCCUCUGGACCCCAGAGGACAUUCGUCUUAAAAGAAAUCUUCGCUCUGUGAGGCUGGCUCCUGCGCUCGCGGUACCGGUCUGUGUGUGCGCGCGCUCCGCGCCUCGGGCGAAGCGAACCGGGAGGAGGAGCCGAGCCUGGAGGCGGGAAGGACCUGCCGCGGGUGAGAUGAUGGAGCAGCGUUUUCGGUGGCCGCGGCGGCAGCAUCAGCAGCACCAGCUCUUGAACACACCUCGAUGAGAACGGCGGUGGAAGCGGCCGAGCAGAAAGACGUAAGCAGGCUAACUAUAGCUGCCGGGAGCCAGAAGGGAGGUAACCUGUUCGGCUCUAGGCUGCGAGGUGCGUAAAUCCCCAGCCGACGCACCGCGGAGCGGCUGCAGCCAGCGUUGCCACAGGUGAUUCGAUUUCCUGUGACGGUAGCUUAGCCAGUGGGCCAAUUUCGAGACAGUCUUAUUUUGAAGUCCUUUUCGACUGGGUGCCAUCUGGAGAAGGCGGAAGACUCCUAGGCAAAGUCUUACUGUGGAUACAUUGACGACCAAAAUUUAAAAAGUGACUCCUCCCCUUACCUCCUCUCCUGUUUGAGAGAGAGGCAGAUGGGAGCCAUGGCUUAUCCUUUACUUUUCUGCUUCCUGCUCGCUCCUCUGGGACUGGGAGCUGCUGGUGCCAGCCGCGACCCUGCGGGACGGCCGGGUUUCCCUCGAGAGAGGACCGUGAGGGCGAAGCAGCACGCCCAGCAGCCGGCUCGAGCCUCUGCCUCGGACACCUGGGCUCCCGGGAGCCGCUCCACCGACGGCACCAUCUUGGCGCAGAAACUCGCCGAGGAGGUGCCCAUGGACGUGGCCUCUUACCUCUACACCGGGGACUCCCUCCAGCUGAAGCGAGCCAACUGCUCCGGCCGCUACGAACUGGCGGGCCUGCCGGGGAAGUCGUCAGCUCUAGCCAGCUCCCAUCCUUCUUUGCACGGGGCGCUGGACACGCUGACACACGCCACCAACUUCCUCAACAUGAUGCUGCAAAGCAAUAAGUCGCGGGAGCAGAACUUGCAGGACGACCUGGAGUGGUACCAGGCGCUCGUGCGGAGUCUCCUGGAGGGCGAGCCCAGCAUCUGCCGGGCGGCCAUCACCUUCAGCACCCAGUCGCUGUCCGCGUCCGCGCCCGCGUCCACCCCGCAGGUCUUCCUCCAGGCCACGCGAGAGGAGAGCCGGAUUCUGCUCCAGGACCUGUCCUCCUCGGCUCACCACCUGGCCAACGCCACGCUGGAGACCGAGUGGUUCCACGGCCUCCGGCGCAAGUGGCGGACCCAUGUACAACGGCGGGGCUCCAAUCAGGGUCCCCGGGGCCUGGGCCAUAGCUGGCGGCGCAGAGACGGGCUGGGAGGGGACAAGAGCCCUGUCAAGUGGUCUCCGCCUUACCUGGAGUGCGAGAAUGGGAGUUACAAGCCCGGAUGGCUGGUCACUCUCUCCGCUGCUUUCUACGGGCUGCAGCCUAACUUGGUCCCGGAAUUCAGGGGUGUCAUGAAAGUGGACAUAAAUCUUCAGAAAGUAGACAUUGACCAAUGUUCGAGUGAUGGCUGGUUUUCAGGAACUCAUAAAUGUCAUCUCAACAAUUCAGAGUGUUUGCCGAUUAAAGGCCUUGGAUUUGUGCUCGGCGCCUAUCAGUGCAUUUGCAAAGCAGGAUUCUAUCAUCCCCGAGUCUUCUCAGAGAACAAUUUUCAAAGAAGGGGUCCGGAUCACCAUUUUGCAGAAAGAGCAAAAGAUGUGUCAGAAGAAGCCCAUGUCUGCCUACCCUGCAGGGAGGGCUGCCCCUACUGUGCCGAUGACAGCCCCUGCUUUGUCCAGGAGGAUAAAUAUCUGCGACUUGCUAUCAUCUCCUUCCAAGCCCUGUGUAUGCUGCUGGACUUCGUUAGCAUGCUGGUGGUCUACCACUUUCGCAAAGCAAAGAGCAUCAGAGCAUCGGGCCUUAUCCUGUUGGAAACUAUCCUUUUUGGGUCUUUGCUUCUAUACUUUCCGGUUGUUAUUUUAUACUUUGAGCCGAGCACAUUUCGUUGCAUUCUCCUAAGAUGGGUCCGUCUUCUCGGUUUUGCUACUGUUUAUGGAACUGUCACUCUCAAGCUUCACAGGGUUUUGAAAGUGUUUCUUUCGCGAACAGCCCAACGGAUUCCAUAUAUGACUGGUGGCCGGGUUAUGAGGAUGCUGGCGGUAAUACUCCUGGUAGUAUUUUGGUUUCUUAUUGGCUGGACUUCGUCUGUUUGCCAGAAAUUGGAGAGGCAGAUUUCACUUAUUGGCCAAGGGCAAACAUCUGAUCACCUCAUCUUCAAUAUGUGCCUCACGGAGCGCUGGGAUUACAUGACAGCAAUUGCUGAAUUUUUAUUCCUCUUGUGGGGUGUUUAUCUCUGCUAUGCAGUGCGGACAGUCCCAUCAGCAUUUCAUGAGCCACGCUAUAUGGCUGUUGCAGUUCACAAUGAGCUGAUUAUCUCUGCUAUAUUCCAUACAAUUAGAUUUGUCCUUGCCUCAAGGCUUCAGUCUGAUUGGAUGUUGAUGCUGUAUUUUGCACAUACUCAUUUGACUGUGACAGUCACCAUUGGGUUACUUUUGAUUCCAAAGUUUUCACAUUCAAGCAAUAACCCACGCGAUGACAUUGCUACAGAAGCAUAUGAGGAUGAGCUAGACAUGGGCCGAUCUGGAUCCUACCUGAACAGCAGUAUCAACUCAGCUUGGAGUGAGCACAGCUUGGAUCCAGAGGACAUCCGGGAUGAGCUGAAGAAACUCUAUACCCAGUUGGAAAUAUAUAAAAGGAAGAAGAUGAUCACAAAUAACCCCCACCUCCAGAAAAAGCGGUGCUCAAAGAAGGGCUUGGGCCGAUCAAUCAUGAGGCGUAUAACCGAGAUCCCAGAGACGGUCAGCAGACAGUGUUCCAAAGAAGACAAGGAAUUCACAGAUCACAGCACCGCCAAAAGCACUGCCCUCGUUAGGAAGAACCCACAAGAGUCGUCAGGUAACACGGGGAAACCCAAGGAGGAAUCCCUGAAAAACCGAGUCUUCUCACUGAAGAAAUCCCACAGCACUUACGAUCACGUGAGAGACCAAACGGAAGAGUCCAAUAGCUUACCCACUGAAAGCCAAGAAGAGGAAGCCACAGAAAAAUCCACACUGGAGUCUCUGUCGGGUAAAAAACCAACACAGACACUGAAAGAAAACAGCGAGGCUGAGUCCACGGAGUCUGUGCCUUUGGUGUGUAAGUCAGCGAGCGCUCACAAUCUCAGCUCAGAGAAGAAGGCCGGGGGGCAUCCCCGAACAUCCAUGUUACAAAAGUCUCUCAGUGUCAUAGCAAGUGCCAAGGAGAAGACUCUUGGGUUAUCUGGGAAAACCCAAACAUCAGGUGUGGAAGAACGUGCUAGAUCCCAGAAACCUCUGCCAAAAGAUAAAGAGGCCAACAGAAAACCCUCAAAUUCAGAUAACACAGAGACUAAAGAUUCUGUCCCCCAAAACUCUAAUAAUUUGGAAGAGCCGAGAAAACCUCAGAAAUCUGGGAUUAUGAAGCAACAAAGGUCCAGUCCCCCUACUGCCAAUUCUGACAUGAGCCCAGGCACCACCCAGAUGAAGGACAACUGUGACAUAGGGGAAGUGUGCCCUUGGGAGAUUUAUGACCUGACCCCUGGUCCUGUGCCUUCAGAAUCAAAAGUUCAAAAGCAUGUAUCUAUUGCGGCUUCUGAAACGGAGAAAAACCCAACCUUUUCCUUAAAGGAGAAAUCUCAUCACAAGCCCAAGGCAGCGGAACUCUGUCAGCAAUCCAAUCAGAAGAGCAUAGACAAGGCUGAGGUCUGCCCUUGGGAGAGCCAAGGUCAGACCCUUUUUGAAGAUGAGAAGCAUUUGAUUUCUAAGACUCAGGUUCCCCCGGGGAGAGCAAAAGAUGAGAAUGGUGGUCAGCAUUGUGCAGCCACUGUGUGUGCUGGGCAAUAUGAAGAACUGCCCCCUAGAGUUGUAGCAUCAAAAAUAGAGAAUGAAAAUCUCAACCAAAUAGGAGACCAGGAAAAUAAGACAUCUUCCUAUCAUUCAAGUAAUAAUUUUCAGCAGCCUUUCACAUUGCGAGCUGAGGUGUGUCCUUGGGAGUUUGAGACCCCAGAUAAGCCAAAUGCCGAAAAUAGUGUAGCUUUACCUGCCUCUUCGACUUUAAAUGCGAAUAAGGUAACAGGGUCUCGAAAAUAAGAGAUCUGGGAUACUUUCAAAGUAGCAUUCCCCGGAAAGAAAAAGAAGAAACCCUGAAUUUGAUAAGACUGAAGAUAGAAGGAUCAAAAAUUCCCAAAGAGUAUUUGUCAAUCAGGGAAAACAUGGAAGGCAUGGGUGGAGGAAAACUAAGGAGGGGAGAGAGACAUCCUCAUGGGGAAGUUAGGCUGGCCCCAAAGUCUUUCCCUGUAACACUAGGAAAAUCUUUACAUUCAGCAUGUUUAGAGGAAGUAGCCCUCAGUGUCUGCCCCUGACCAAUAUUUACCCAUGGGACUUUGGAGAUCCUAAGCCAGGCAAACCAGAAGACACAGAAGAGGUAUGAGAUUUGCAAAGAAGAAGGUAUAAAUGAAUAUGACGGAAAUUCUAAGUAGCUGACUGAAAAGAACUUACUUUACCUAUAUAAUCUUGAUAGCACUGCUAACUUAAUGCAUCCCAGAAUACCUUUUAUAUCAAUGAUUGCUCUCAUUUUCUUAUAAAUGUAUGUUUCAGUACAUUGUGUGUCUCAUAUUCAAGCAUUCCAGAUUGUAUAAUUUUUGCAAAUAACUUUGAUAUUAUGUGACACACACUUAUGCAAUCUUCAGCUACUCAAUUGUUCUUGCAACUUACAGAAUACCUGUUAUCUAUCAACUUUAGUUGAUUCUUGAAGUAUAGUAAGCUUUCUCUGGCUUGGGAAGUCAUAAUUGUUAUGAAAAAAAUAUUUCAGUUUUGUGAUUUAUAUAUUGCAAAUUUGGAUUACCUAUUAUUUCACUUCAUGGUUUGUUAUACUGUCUUAAUCAGGGUUUUUAAUACAAGUUACGUUACUUGUUUUGCACUUCUCGUUAGGACUGAGAAGCUUUAUUAAUAUCGGAGAUCAAAUGGUCCAACAUAGUCUAUGUCUCAAUUAGUUAAGGACAACUUAUCUAUUGUUUGAAGUCAGAGAUAGAUGAUGCCUUCAUUCCAAAUAAUUAUCCCUUUUAACUCUUUCAGUAUUUCAUACUUAGCAGCAUUUUAUAAGGAAGAAGCUAAGAGUGAGAACAAUAUACUGUGCAUUAUUAUUACCAUUGGAAAGGGAAGACUCUAGGAAUGACAUGAGAAUUACUGUAGAGCCAGGAAAUUUGCCUUUCAAAGCAGAUGGAAAGGGAGCUCCUGAUAGCACUUUCAAGGGGUUAUUUUUUUAAAGAAAAAAAAUAUGAUUACAUCAAUAUUAUUAUAUGGUGUAUUUUUAUUGUGCAUACUAAAUAUAGAAUAUUUUCAAUGACCUUAAAGUAUUUAUUCUCAUAAACUCUUAUUCAUUGCUUCAGCUAGGGCUAGAACUUGCUGGGCUCAGAUCCCAAAGAGAUUUAUAACCCGGUUUAUUCCAAGCCUAUAAGGUGGUAUGGGCUCAUCCUUCUCCCAAGCACUUGAAAACGUACAAGUCCUGCAAAUGACCAUUGUGAACCAUCUAGUUCAAAAUGUAAAAUGCAGAGGUUUAUUUGCAAGGCAGAACAGUCCCCAAAGCAUAGUUCAUACAAUUUAUUUCACUCCACACUGGUCACUUGGUGUGAAAAUCCUAAGUUGCUGACUUGGCCCUGUUAGUGUGACUGUACAAGGAGAUUCUAUUUCAAAGCUCAGUUUCACUGUAUUUAAAGAUGAGUCACUUAAACAUGGGACCCAGACUUCCCUUUCUCUCACCCGAAACACUGACAUCUCAACGGCUUAUCUGGCCAGGACACUUCCAGCAGAAGUAACUUUUUGAUUUCAUGAGCAACAAGAGACACAUGCUAGGAGGAUAAAAGAUGAGAAAGGGAAUCAGAGAUGGAUACAGGGCUGUUCUUGGAGAAUAGCAUUCUCAGUGGAUGAUAAAAAUGAGGACUUCUUUGCAUUCAUUAUCAAAAUUUCCUCAAUGGUUUUUAUUCAGGAGUAAGUGAGCCCUUCACCAUGUUGCAAAGCUGUGCACAAAUCUCCCUCGCCCAGUUCCUCACUUUGUGCAUUACUCAGGUUUGUGGGUAGGUUUGAAGACAUAGGAAUUCUAUUUUUCCGUGUGUUUCCUUCAUUUAUUUUUUCUUCCCUUCCUUUUCAAUCAAGGCCUAUCUACUUGGUAACUUAGAAAUACAAUGUUAUGGUGUAUGUGUGUACCUGUUUCUAGAUCCACGUACUUGUUUAUGUCUGAGAUCAGUUAGCACUUUAUUCACUUUUUGAGAAAUAAGCAGUCAAGCAUCAGUGACUUUUUAUUGCACUUCAGAGUAAUCCUGCUUGAGGUGUGGCUUAAAGAAGACUUGCCAAAGUUCACCUUAGUCUAUAGAUUUUUCUCCACCAGCAUAAAUCAGCAAGAGUGCUUAGGGUCUUUCCUAGAGUUUCAUUGUCAUUACUUGUCACCGAGAGAAGUUGAAAUCUAUAAUCUAUAAUUCUUGAGUUUAUUUUCCCAGAUUGAUAAUAAGGAAGUGAUAUAAACACUAAUAAGGUCACAAACACUUGCUAGGUUGUCCUUCUCAGUGCAUGUGCGAGCUGCAUCCUGUCCUUGUUUUUAAGCCAGGGUUUAUAAAUAAGUAGAUUUAUACCAAUUUAAUAGAACUGUAUAUUUUAUGCCAGAAUUAAAUGCUUUACGACAUGAAUUAUAACUCAACCCAUUGUAAACUUCGGUGGCAAUAUGGAUUUGAAACUGGACAGUUCUCUUGUAUUUGCUUCAUAAGUUUCUGCAUGCAAGUGAUGACAGGUAGGACUGAAAAAACACUGCCUUUGACUUCUAGCAUUUAGUAACUGAGAGCUGUAGAGUCUAUAAAGCUAUAAGUCUCUUCACUCACCCUGUGGUUAUUCUGAAACUAUUAUCUGAAACCCACCAUGAAAUGUUUGGUAAAUUUAUGUUGUGACAUGUUGCAGCAUGUAAAUAAUUAUAACAUCUCUGCAAUAAAACAUUUAUAUGAAAGUGA